GAGCGCACAUCCCUGUUGCUGGCUAAAUUGUUUACGUUGCUGUUCUGAUCCCCUGAUAUGUAGAGGUGCAAAUGUUGCAGGGUGCGUUGCUGCUAUGCCUGUCUGUCUUGGUACUGCUGGUGGUGGUAUUGCGCCAACUAAGCUUGCAGCAGGAGAUGAACGUGUUUUUCACACUCUCUCCUUUGAAGGCUGUGUUGUUGUUGUUGUUGCUGAGUCUGCAAUUGGGUUUGGUGCAUGCGCUGAAUAUGUUGUUGCAGCAGUUGUUCAUGUUGUUGAGUUUGUGCGGACUGGAACUUUUGAUGUUGCGGGAGCAGUAAUUGCUGUUGCAGCUGCUCCUGCCGCUGCGGGUAGUGCGAUUGGGUUUGUUGUUGCAGCUGUAUGUGGUUUUCGAUCUGGGCCAGUUGUAAUUGUUGUUGGUGCUGGAGCAUCUGCUGGUGUUGUAGAUCCUCUUGCUGUUGGAUUUGGUGCGUCUGGCCUUGUGGUUGGUGCCUCUGUUGUGUCUGCAUCAUGUGUUGGUGCUGUAGUUGGGCCUGCUGGAGUUUCAGGCUUUGUUGUUGCUCCUGUUGGACCUUCUUUGGGAGUUGCCCCUCGUCCUGAUCUCGGCCCUGACACAGGUAAUGGUCCUGCUGAAUUAGCAUCCUGUCUAUUUGCUCAGGUUGAGGUGGCACAUGUCGGACAUCCUGGCGGUGUGGCAACUGCUGAUGGUGUAGCUGCCGUACCUCUUGCAGUGGCUGGUGCUGAUGCUGCUGGUGUGUUGAUGGACCCUGCAGUUCAGGACAGUUGCAAUCUUGUGAUCGGAACAUGGUAUCCACUUAUAGACUUUGCGAAUCCCUUCUGUCGCGGCCAUAUUCGACCCGCUAUCAGUGCGCACUACACAUUGGGCUGCAUCUUUGUAGCUGAACUCUUGAAAGCAGUCGUGAAAUCAUUUGAGAAUCGCAGGCCCUGUGUGCGAUUCCUCAUGGAACGCUUUUAGCGUGCGUGCAAUUUAAAAGCAUUGUCGAUGUAGUGCAUGGUCACAGACAUGAACGGUUUUUUUUUUGCUUCGUCGGUCCACAUGUCUGCUAUAAAUCCCGCAUGCACACCGUC